AUGUGCAUCAUUAUCAAGUAUAUGUACAUUGUGAUGGAGAUCAUAUGGCCGCCAAGGAUACCCUUACGAUAAGAUGCGCCAGGCCUUGUUGAUAUUGGAACUGAUCGUGAGAAGGGCGGUCUUACAAAUGAAAGCAAGGAAAGCCGUGAAAUGGAAUCCACUGUCAGGGUACAUUUGACAGAUGACAAAGGCGGCGACGGCGGCACUAUUGAGAACGUUUCUAUGUUAGUCAAAGCUAGACCUAGAGAGAAACAAAUUGAAUGCACUCAAGUGAGCGAAAAAAGGAAACGUGAGGUCAUUUUUAUUGAAUUGCUGAAAGUCCGUAACUAUUAA